AUGAUGGCUCUCCGAGCAAUGGGCAUCAAUCACGCAGCUCUGGCAUACGCCAUGACCACACUGGGAGCUUCCAUGAUAAACAACAUCUUCAGCUUCUAUUAUGUCAAACUUUUCCUCAAUAGUUACCAGAUUUCUGAGGCACUUUUCCACCAAUCACAAGUGGUCUACAUGGUGUGGAAUGCAUUCAAUGACCCUCUGUUCGGCUACCUCCAAGAUAACUCCAGAAUGCCCUGUUUGGUUCAGAGGCGACUCUCCAUCCUGUACGGCGCUCCGUUCUACUCACUGGCUUUUCUUAUACCCUGGUUUCCAUGGCGGACAUACAUGCCUGGGGAUUGGCUGAGCGGCCUACAUUUGAUGGUGGCGCUCUGUGCUUUUGAUGGCAUGCUAACCUUUGUGCUGCUGGCACAAUGUGCAUUAUUUGCGGAGAUAUCCAACCAGCAUCAGAGCAGACUAAGACUCAUAAAGUACAACCAGGUGGCUUCUCUUAUUGGUUCCUCCAGUGUCCUUUUCUGUGGCAUGCUGUCCAGGAACAUGGAGGACUUUUCCGCCUUCCAAGCCUUCUCCGUGCUCAUUGCUUUUCUGAGCUGCGGCUGCAUGCUCUACACUGGCGUCUACAGCGACAGCCGCUUCGAUAAUAAAGGAUCAGAGACGAAUAAACAGGAGUGCCUCAACCUGACGUCCAGCCAAUCAGUGUUGUCCAUGAACACGUUAAAAACACAGGUGUUGCAGAUCCUCACCAAUCGUGACUUUCUGCUGUUUGUGACCAUGAACUUCUUUGAAGUUUUUAUGUUGGCCUUUCUCAACAAUUUCACCAUGAUAUUUGCCGAGCACUUGAUUCCCCCAGAUGCACUUACACCUUUGGCCAAGAGCGUCAUGUACGGAGCGGGGUUCAUCUGUCCACAGUUGUUAGUGUUGAGUUGUCAGAGUCUGCUGCACAGCCAGGGCUACUACAGGAUCGUCCUGUUCACCUUCUGUGUAGAAGUAGGGAUGGCAGUUACCAUGCUGCUGCUGGGCCCUCAGCACUACUACAUCCUGGCGGUCUUCCUCACUGUGAACAUGGUCCUAGUUCAGGCGGCCUUCAGUCUCUUUGGACUUCCUUUGGCUGACAUCAUUGAUACAGACAUGCAGAAGUACAAGCGCAGUUCCCCCCUCUCCUCCAUGGUCUUUGGAACCAAUGCUCUCUUCACUAAGCCGGCGACUUCUCUGGCCCCUAUGUUAGUACUGACUAUCCUAAACCAGGUUGGAUAUGAACAGCUGAAGGAAGUGGGGACAAACUCAAAUCCAAGUGACCUGGAACACCUCCACAGUGUCAUGUUCUACUUGGUGUGUUUGGUCCCAAUGUGCGUCGCCGCUGCACAAGUCGUGGCCUGGUGGCCGUUCUCCAUCCGCAACAGUCACACAGUGGACAUUAAGUAUAUCGAUGGCUGACUUUAGGGUUGUCAACCCUUGAGCUGACAUGGUUUAAGUCUCUUUGUUUGGGAUUAAGGGAAGAUUAUGUCUUUACUUGAAUUGUUUCUAGUUGAAACAUUAUUUUGUUGUAGAUGCCUUUGUUUUCUAAAUGUCAAUAGCCACUGAUGUGCCUUAAAUUUGCACUUCAUGUUACGUUUCCUCUCCUAAGACACAAGAGCCAGAGACAAAUAGACGAAUGUGAAAUUUAAUGUCACCACACCAGACAUUACAUUGUGAUUGUGCCAAGUUUAAGAUAUUCCUUAAGGACAAGUCACUAAGAUUUGAUGCUGAUCACCCAACCCUUCUGUUUUCAAGGCAGUGUAGUCUGGUAAAACGCCAUUGGUCACAACACGAAGCUACCGUUGAACCACACAACUGCAGAAUAUUUCAGAGAUUUCUAUCAACUGGGAGGCAAUAGGAGCCUCCUACAAAUACUCAUGGUCUACACUUAUUCUAAAGAUAAAAAGAUAAAUAAAGUGUACUUAAAGAUCCACGGCCUGAUACUGGUACCUGGCCCGGUGGUUGGGCAGCCAUUCUUUUCAGGGAUGGAACUUUUAGGCAGAGCUUGUUAAAGAACAAGCAGUUAGUUUGUCCAUUCAAAAUGACAAUAAUCAUAAUGUGAACAUGAUAUCGCAGUCACAUUGUGUCUCACUGUUAAUUAUUUAUUAAUGAAAAGUGAUUUUUCACAUGACCAUAUGUUGAAAAACACAACAUGUCUUGAUAGAUUUUUAUCAAGGUUUUGACCAAACCUUUCCACUGAGGUGCUGUUGAAAUUGACUUUUUGUUUACCAUGUGUUCAUGUUAUUUUCUAAAAAUAAUUUUCAUUGUAUGUUGAAUGAGGUAAUGACAGUUUGUGAUAUAUAUUUAAAAAAAAAAUAAAAA